AUGGACUCUGCCGGCGCAAAGUCUGUCAUGUCCAACGACAUGCAGGAGCUCACCCAGGGCAAGGAGCACAUCUCCAACGUCAUCAGCGGCCACAAGGCGAACCUCUCCAACCCAAACACGAGCGAGGCCUCCAAGAAGAAGAGCGAGCAGGCUCUCAAGGAGCUCGGCGGCGACGACACUCUCGAGGGCAACAAGGCCAAGCCUAUCAGCAAGGAUGCGGCAGAGAAGCUGUACGGUUCUCGUGCCGAGGCGGCUUGA